AUGGCCGCCCAGGCGCUCCGCGACAAGCAAGCGCCUCUCAAGUCGCAGUACAAAGAGGACCCCAAUGCCGCCAUCAUCACACUCAAUGCCUCCGGAAGCCUCGAUUCCAGCAGUAUCACCUGCAAGCUCGACACUGGCAAGCAGAUGGCCCACGCCCAGCAGAAGAUCGCAGGCCUGCAUCCGAAAUCCGGAGGAGAAGGCUUCGAGAUUUCCGGCGAGCUCUGCUCGGGUGACCUGCUGCUGGAGGCUCUAGUCGCGUGUGCGGGCGUGACGCUAAAAGCCGUCGCGACGGCCAUGGAUAUCCCGAUCAAGUCGGGCACGGUCAGAGCCGAAGGAGACCUGGACUUCAAAGGCACCAUGGGAGUCGAUAGGGCGGCGCCUGUUGGCUUCAAGGACAUCCGCCUGAGCUUUGACCUGCAGUUUCAGCCCGGAGAAGAGGUGGCGGAAGAGAAGGUGGAGAAGCUGGGCAAGUUGACGGAGCGAUACUGCGUGGUGUUGCAGACCAUUGCCAAGAAGCCGGAGCUGAGUGUACGGGUGAAUGGCAUGCAGGAGACGGAGGAUGGCAUUGAGAAGGGAUACUCUUGGGGCCAGAGAGGAUGA